GGUUUCGCGCCAUUGCAUUGGACAUAGCGGAGGUCCUGGGACCAAACCAAUUCAAAAUGGCGGAAGAGGACGAGAUAGAAAUUCGAGGAAUAAAAAGACCCCUUGUCGAAAAUUACAGCGACGAUGAGGAAGAAGAAGAAGCUAGAAGAAAAGAAGAACACAGUGCAUAUCAGAGUAGGCAUUGUCCAUAUCUUGACACCAUAGACAGGCAUGUGCUAGACUUUGAUUUUGAGAAGCUGUGUUCUGUUUCAUUAUCUCACAUCAAUGUAUAUGCCUGCUUGGUUUGUGGAAAGUACUUUCAAGGUCGUGGUCGUCGCUCUCAUGCCUAUACACACAGUGUACAAGUUGAUCAUCAUGUUUUCUUAAAUCUUCGCACAUUGAAGUUUUACUGUCUUCCUGAUAACUAUGAAGUUAUUGACUCUUCUUUAGAUGACAUAAAGUAUGUGUUAAAUCCCACAUUCACCAAAGAUGACAUCUCCCAGUUGGAUAAAUCAGCAAAGCUGUCAAGAGCCUUUGAUGGGACAACCUAUUUGCCUGGUAUUGUUGGACUGAAUAACAUCAAGGCAAAUGAUUACUUGAAUGUAGUAUUGCAGGCAUUGGCAUUCAUUCCUCCUAUCCGUGAUUUUUUUCUUAGAGAAGAAAACUAUCAAAACAUCAAACGCCCUCCUGGGGAUAUCAUGUUUCCACUAGUUAACAGGUUCGGGGAACUAAUUAGGAAGAUUUGGAAUCCACGUAACUUUAAGGCUCAUGUCAGCCCUCACGAGAUGUUACAGGCUGUAGUUCUAUGCAGCAAAAAGAGAUUCCAGUUUACUGAACAAGGUGACCCUGUUGAAUUUUUGUCUUGGUUUUUGAAUUCUCUCCACACAACUCUUGGUGGAACAAAAAAGGCAACAAGCAGUGUAAUUUACAAAACUUUUCAAGGCAAGAUGAGGGUUACUGCUCGAAAACUUCCUCAAGCUGAGAAUGAAGAAGAUGUUAAAAAGGUGUUGGAUGAAGAGGAAUAUAAAGAGAAAACAAGUGAUUCUCCAUACAUGUACCUGAUGUUGGAUAUUCCACCAUCACCUUUAUACAAGGAUGAAUACCAACAGAACAUUAUUCCUCAGGUUUGUAUUAACAAAAUAGCAAAGGCUUGUUCUGUGAUGAAGCAUGCAAGCAAGUGAUUAUUGCACAAAAGAG